AUGACCUGCGAACUCGCGCCCGUUAAUGAGAACCUGCCACCGCGCGAGGACUUGGACUUGGAUUUGGGCGAACUGGGAGGUGAGGUCACGUGGCUGCCCUCGCCCGACCACAUGCAGGCAUGGGCCAACAGUGAAGGAGAGCAGGUGACCGGAUACUAUGUUUACUUUGCGGAGGCCGAUGGUAGCAUGAGAUCACUGCUGGGCAAUACGACGGAAGAUGUGCACCAGAUCGAUCUUCCAUCCGACCAGCCGACGGGCACUCUGUCCACCGUCCUGGUGUAUGCUUCCUCCUCUUUGGCAGAGCAGACCACACCCCUGGCGCUUGCAUUUAACGACACCGACUCGAGUGUGUCCUCGAUCAGCUUUACCGACCGAGAUCUCGACGCCGAAGAAAUCGGAGGCACCAUCAGCUGGACCGAGCCUGCCGAUCCUGCAUUGGUGGCACAUUAUGUCGUCUACAUAGCCGAGGAUCAGUUCGGCGGAAACCGAUCACAGGUGGGCUCCGAAGUUCCAUGGAACUCUUUUGACAUCAGCCUGCUACCGGAGCAGCCCAUCCGCGAGCCGGACGUUGCGGUGCGGUCCGAGUACUCACAGGUCCUCGUCUACACCAAGUCGACACUUGCAGAGCAGUCGACCCCCAUCAGCUUUGCCAUCGUGGACGUGAAUGCCUCUGUCAGUGGCGGAGCCUUCCAAGAGCAGGACCUUGAUGAGGCAGAGCUUGGCGGACCAAUUACCUGGAAAGCACCGGCCGAUCUGACACACGUCACCCAUUAUGAUGUUUACUUCGUUGAAUUCCCGGACGCUACGGGAACGAAUCGCUCGCAGUUGGGAGAUUCUGUCGAGGUGGGCACGAACAUCAUUCACGUUCCUGUAGACUUCCUUCAGGGCGCGUUUUCGCACAUUCAGGUCUACACCCGUUCUUCGCUCGUGGAGCAGUCUACACCGCAUGUUUUCGUGCCCCGGCGGAGCCCUGCAUGUGCAAGUCAUGUGCAGUGA